AUGGUCAGACUCGCGCAUGCUUCCAACGCCUUACUUCUGGCUACCAGUGUUCUUGCUCACCCUGGAGGCAGUACGCACAGAGAGGUCUUGCGCAGGCAGGCUCAUCUUGAUCACCCGAACCGUCGGAGUGUCCAGGCAUGCAAGCGUGAUCUAGUCGGGACUGGGUGGGUUCGAGAGCAGCACCAGAGACGCGAGACCAGGCUCCACGAACUCCGGGUCGCGGCUGGUUUCGCCAAAGAACAUGGAAUCGUCCGUCGCGACGCUGCCGAAGUCGAAGAGACUUAUGGAGUCGAUGCAGCUUGCACGCUUGAUCCUGAGGUUGGAGAGGGUCCAUAUUGGGUUUCUGGUGAGCUCAUUCGGCAAGAUAUCGUCACUGGCGAGGGGGGAGCCAUCACUCACCUGGACGUCAACAUUAUUGACGUUUCAACUUGCACGCCUGUCACCGAUGCUUACGUCGAGAUGUGGGGAGCGAACUCUACCGGUGUCUACACUGGUGUGCAGGCUAGAGGCAACGGUGAUGGCUCUGCUACAGCUAUUGUGACCAACGCUCUUCGUGGUGUCCAACCCACAAGCGCUAAUGGCACUGCUACAUUCGUAACGGUCAUUCCUGGACAUUAUGUCGGCCGCACGAACCAUCUACAUACUAUUAUCCAUCACGGCGCCAAGCUUCUCCCCAACAAUACGAUCGAAGGCGGUACAGUCUCGCACGCUGGCCAAUUCUACAUUGAGCAAAACCUCCUGAAUGAAGUUGAGAAGACGGCCCCUUACAACACCAACACACAAGCCGCCAUGAACAACGACGAAGACUUCCUCUACAAGAUGGGUUUCCAGGGCGGAGACGACCCGGUCAUGAAGAUCUCGCUGAUUGGCAAUACGAUCGAGGACGGUUUGUAUGCCACCAUCGAUGUGGGCGUUAACCCCAAAGCGACAAUAGAGGUACAUCCAGUCAACAGGUGGACGGCUGAGGGAGGUGUUCCCGUGGAGGGAAGUCCGUGGGCAGGCUACCCUGAUACCUGCCAGAACUGUGGACAGUGGGGACCCUCGCCACCUUCACAGAGUGCCCCUGCUGCGGAGUAG